AUGUUAGGAGGAGAAGGAUAUUUAACAUUUAUGGGAAAUGAAUUUGGACAUCCAGAAUGGCUUGAUUUCCCAAGAGAAGGAAAUGGUGAUUCAUUCCAUUAUUGUAGAAGACAAUAUAAUUUGGUUGAAGACCAUUUAUUAAGAUAUAAAUUUUUAUUGGCUUUUGAAAGAGAAAUGCUUCAUUUAGAAGAUCAAUAUCCAUGGUUAAAUAAACCAAAUGCUUAUAUCUCAAAACAUAAUGAAGGUGAUCAUGUUUUAGCAUUCCAAAGAGGAGCAGUUAUUGGAAUUUUUAAUUUCCAUUAUGAAAAGAGUUUUACUGGAUAUGGAAUUGGAGUAAAAGAACCAGGAACAUAUAAAAUCAUAUUAAACUCAGACUCUUCAGAGUUUGGAGGAUAUGAUAGAAUUACUUCUCAAGAAUACAUCUCUCAACCAAUUGAAUGUGAUGGAUUACCAAAUCAAAUUCAAAUUUAUAUUCCUUGCAGAGUUGCUAUUGUUUUAACAAAAAUAAAUUAA